GAGGCGGGAGCCAUGCGGGAGUACAAGGUGGUGGUGCUGGGCUCGGGCGGCGUGGGCAAGUCCGCCCUUACCGUGCAGUUCGUGACCGGCUCCUUCAUCGAGAAGUAUGACCCCACCAUCGAGGACUUCUACCGCAAGGAGAUCGAGGUGGACUCGUCGCCGUCCGUGCUGGAGAUCCUGGACACGGCGGGCACCGAGCAGUUCGCCUCCAUGCGGGACCUCUACAUCAAGAACGGGCAGGGCUUCAUCCUGGUGUACAGCCUGGUGAACCAGCAGAGCUUCCAGGACAUCAAGCCCAUGCGGGACCAGAUCAUCCGCGUCAAGAGGUACGAGCGGGUGCCCAUGAUCCUGGUGGGCAACAAGGUGGACCUGGAAGGCGAGCGCGAGGUCUCCUUCGGGGAGGGCAAAGCGCUGGCCGAGGAGUGGAGCUGCCCCUUCAUGGAGACCUCGGCCAAAAACAAAGCCUCGGUGGACGAGCUGUUCGCCGAGAUCGUCAGGCAGAUGAACUACGCGGCGCAGCCCAACGGGGACGAGCCGUGCUGCGCCUCCUGCGCCAUCCUCUGAGGGCGGCGGCGGCCCCGCGCCCCCGGCCCCGCGCGGGGAGAAAACACCGGGCAAAAACAUCAUCGUGUUGGAAAUGUGGCUUUUCUCGGCAUGUACGUUUCGUCCAGUCUUGGUCAUGGCAUAUUUCCUGUCAGUGUCGGCGAC